AUGUUCACAUCAAUUAUUUUAUUUUAUAUCGUUUCAACAACUAUAUUUCUUUUUACUUCGUCAAGCGAAGCUGUAUGUAUUAAUAAAGCGGUUUAUGAUAGUUGUAGAAAUAUAGGAGACACUAAAUUAGCUUCUUGUCCACCAACGGGUUAUACCUGUCAAUGUGAUGCGCGCAAACAAAUUCAACUUUGUUUUCAACAAUGUCGAGAUGAUCUUGAUAUUCAAAACGAAGGAAAAGCCUACGAGGUAAAUUUUAUUUUUUCCUCUUCAUCAUCAUCGUCAUAG